AUGUUAGUAAAUAUUGCAGAUUUUGUUUUGAAAACAUACCAUGAUAAUCAGUUUAGCGAUGAUUUCAAUCAUGGGAUCGACCCCGCGCCAUGUAAGGAUAAACAUUCCGAUCACGAAUAUGAAACCACCGACAAAUUUGCGGCUUUGUUGAUUUGCACGGAAAGAUUGGACGGCGUAGGGGAUCUGCCAUUUAACGAUAGCGACUCUGAGAGCUAUUCUGAAAAUCAGCCAACUGCUUCUACAGAGGAUCCAAACAUUUCAUCGGAUUGCGGGACGAAAACGAUUAACCCGUUGCCUUUCAUCUCAAACUAUCAGCUCACUCCCGACUCAUUUGAUGAAACCCCGGUGUACUUUAAGGAAGAAAUCGUCGUAACGACAGCCAAACACGAUACUACCCACCAGCAUUUGAAAAAGUUGAGACGCUACAAGGCCAACGUGAGAGAGCGCAGGAGGGUCAUGAGGCUUGCGAUAGGCUUUCAAACACUCAAGAAACACAUCCCUUUCGAUAGUACCAGGAAACAUUUGUCCCAAUUAAGAAUCCUGCGGGGAGCUAUUGGUUACAUUAAAUUUCUGAAGAGGCUUUGUGGUGAAGUUGCUGGGUUCUGA